UCAACGCAGUUUUGGGCUUUGGUGUAGCAUUUACCCUGUUACUCAGCGCUCUAUAUGUUAUGACUUGUCAAAUAUAGCUCAACGUUUAGAAUUGACGGAUUAGUUCAUUGCAUUGUGACUGCGAGAUUGUCAAGCGCCAUUGGCUGGCAGGAAGUCUUGGAAGGGCGCAAUGUUCCCUCCAAGUCCCGCGGCUCAGCUGAAUCUCGAAGCGCUUAGCGGUAUCUGCGGCUCCAUCUCAAUCGCUUGUUGGGUCGUCGUAUUCUCUCCUCAGAUCAUAGAAAACUUCCGUCGUGGAUCCGCCGAUGGGCUCUCACUUUUAUUCCUCGUCAUCUGGCUGGCUGGGGAUGUCUUUAACAUCCUUGGUGCAGUCCUUCAGGGAGUGCUCCCGACUAUGAUCAUCCUUGCGGUUUACUAUACGCUCGCCGACAUUGUUUUAUUGGCUCAGUGUUUCUACUACCGGGGCUUCACGCUAUCAGAUCACAGCCUGAAAUCCACUCAAGGCGCAUCAUCGGGAAACGGCCAGGCGCAGGAGCAACAACGCCCACUGUCGCCAAUUCAGACGGAACGAACAGCACUCCUCCCACCUCAUACCACACACCAUGGCCCUCAGCAGCCACAGCGCCAUCCUGUCGAUCGCCGCACAUCUAUAGCUUCUCUCUCCUCGAUUUCCGAACGUUUAGGGCUGGUCGACAGCACUCAUCUUUCUCCCGCAAUGCCGCUCAUUGAACCUUCUAAACCAUCCGUUCGCGCCAUCUCGAAACCUACAACUACAAUCCAAAAGCUGGUGUGGAACUCUUUUGCCAUUGCACUCGUCUGCGCCGCUGGUAUACUCGGCUGGUACGUCAGCAUGCGUGCUACAUCACGCAGUAAGCGACAGCCCGAGCAUCCCGCGCUGACUCUCGACUCCCUGGGCCAAGUAUUUGGAUACCUCUGCGCAGCAUUCUAUCUGGGUAGCCGUAUCCCUCAGUUACUAUUGAAUUGGCGCCGAAAGAGUACAGAAGGAGUGUCUCUUCUCUUCUUCCUUUUCGCCUGCGUUGGAAACUUAACCUACGUGCUCUCGAUAUUUGCAUAUUCGCCCAUCUGCGCGGACACGAGGGGCCAUUGUCAGCCUGGUGAGCAGCGAAGGAUAUAUGGAAGAUAUUUACUAGUCAACGCAUCAUGGCUAUUGGGUAGCUUGGGAACACUGUUUUUGGAUCUGGCGAUUUUCGCGCAGUUCAUUAUGUAUCGAGAGAAAGAAGAAGAAUAUGACGAUUCCAUGAUCAGAUGA